GUGUAAAAGCGUUACAUCUCCUGAUCUGAAACGUCCCGGAUGUGACACCUGUUUGACCUGACCUCUUUUUGAUAUUUUGAACUUAUUUUACCUCUCUUAACUUAUUUCUCAUUUGAGUUCACUUUGCUCCUCGUCCGUGCGCAGUCUGCUGAUGACAGGCAUGCUGAAAAUUCCCAAAGGUCGUGAACGCAGCAUAGACCUGCGACCAAGUGAAACGGAAAGCGCUGCGAGGUUUAUGUGAAGCAGCAGAUCUUUCUGUACACGGGUGCAGAGAACGCGUUUUCCAGGAUCUGCAGGAUCGUCUUAUCAUGUGAAUCUGAAAACUCAAGUUGACAGUGGAGCGAUUUUCGGCCAAUCGAAUUACUCACUAUGGGUGGCAUUGAUGAUUCGAAGAAUGCAGCCAACAAGUACCAUGGUUUGAGGAAUCAAGGAGCGACGUGUUACUUGAACAGCGUGCUGCAGGUGCUGUUCAUGACCAAAGACUUCAGAGAGGCUGUUGAAAGUUUCAUUUCUGAAAAUCCUGAGGCCAAGGGUAUUGAUCCUGAUCUCAAAGCCUUGUUUGCUGCAUUAAGGAAAACCAUAGCACACACCUUAAAGAUCACGAAGGCCCUGGGCAUCAACAGAGUGUUUGAACAACGUGAUGCUGCCGAGUACUUGGAGAAGAUUCUAAAUCACACCAGCCCUGAGGCUUCAUGGAUAUUUCAAGGAGUGUUGACACACAAGAACAUAUGCUGUGCGUGUGAGACAGAGGUAAACACUGAUGGGCCGUUUUGGAAUCUACCUCUUCCGUUGGUGAAGCCUGACAAUGAGGACUACUACAAUGUGAUGGAUGGGAUUAAAAGGUUUUUCAGACCUUCGAAGGCCACUGGAGACAACCAGCUGUACUGUGACAAGUGUGAUGCCAAGGCUGAUGCUACUACUAAAUUUGUAGUAAAGCAUCAUCCAGAAGUUUUGACUCUGCUGUUGAAGAGAUUUAAGUUUGACUUCCGUCGUAUGGAAAAUGUGAAAAUCACGUGCAGUGUGGAGGUUCCCUACACCCUACAGAUACCAGAGAAUCAGACAUACGAACUGUAUGGAUAUGUGGAGCAUUUUGGAAGUCUGAAAGGUGGACACUACACUGCUACAGUCAGGUCCCAGGAUGACAAUGAAUGGUAUAACUUCAAUGAUACGUCUGUCAGACGGCUUGAUUACAAGCCUUUCCAGGAAGACAACAAAAAUAAAUCCGAGACUGCUUAUCUCCUUUUCUACAGGAAAAAGACAAACCAAAAGCCUGCUGCAAACACUUUGACUCCAGACAUCGGUGAGGCGUCCACUCCUGAACACCAGGAGGACAAACAGGAACAUUACAGCCAUAAACCUGAGGCUGACAAAGAGAAUGUGGCAGCAGAUGUAAAGGUAAAAGAGGACAGCGAAACUGGAGCUAAUGAAAGUGAGCAGGCAGCAGGGAGUGGAGAGCUCUUGACCUCUUCUGAUUAUGAGCGUCAGGACAGUAGAACAGCUGGUGAUAGUGAACACAACAUGCCAAAGACUGAUCAAGAGACAGAGGAGGGACAGAGUUCAGGAGAAGUUAAUGGCCUUGUAGAGAAUAAGGAAGAUGUUGAGACAGAAAAACUGAAAGCUAAGAAAAACAUUGACAUUCAGCCAAGCAAACCAAAUGAUCAGGAAUGUGAAGGGAAAGUGGAAGAAAUGGGAGAGGAGAAAAUGGAGUGUAAGGGAGAUGGUGAGGGUGCAGCAGAUCAGGACAAUGGACUAUUAAAUGUUAGUCAAAACGGACAUGAGGAUGUUAGUGUGGAGAGACAGAUCAUAGAACAGGACAAGACAGGAGAUAAUGAACGAACCCUAAACAGAGACGAGCCUUUUGAGUCAAAUGCUGAAAAGGUUGCAGAAGAGUCUGAUACACAAACAGGAGAUGUGAGUGAACAAAUGGGUGAAAAUAAGAAGAAAGGCAAGAAACAAAAGAAGAGCAAAAAGAAAAAAGAGAAGAAACAAAAGAAGAGUGAAAAGAAAGAGAAGAAACAAAAGAAGAGUGAAAUGAAUAAAGACAAGAAACACAAGGAGAAGAAAAAGAAAUCGGGUGAGAAAUGUUGGACAUGUGUCUCUAAGUCGAAAACAUUAGAUUCAGAUUCAGAUUGACAGGAAAGGAUUAGGAUAAUGCAAAUUGGUAUUUUAAAACACUGCAUAUUGUGGCGAUCCACAAAAUUCUUGUUUUUUUUCUUUUUAGUUCUUAAUACAUGCUUUGCAAAAUUGUACUGUACUUUGUAGAAAUCAGUCGGCAGAAUUGGCAGCGCUGUAAAAUCUUUUUCCUUGAUUUUUAGUAAAUGUCAUGUAUCAUCAAUUGUCUGAGGACACUGGAUUUCAAAUAUACAUGUUAUAUAUAUAUUUCAUUUCUGAGUGUUUUUUAAAUUAAUGUUAGAGCAAUGUAAUGGAAGGAAUUGAAAGGAAAUGUCAUAAUUGUGUAAAAUUAUAUUGACAUGUACUUGAAUGUGGUGUAACAAUCCUGUAAUGUAAGAAUCAUAUAAUGAGCUGUUUAUCACAGAAAUAAACCUCCGAACGUGC